GUCGCCGAUGAAAGCCGCGGAGAAUUGAUUCUUAGAACCAAAGAAGUGAUUCCGUGGCCACACACUAAAACGACAAUCAUUGAAAUACAAAGUGCAGUAAAGAAUUUAAAAGAUAAUCUUCGCAAUGGGGUUCGAUAGCACUGCGGGUAGUCAAACAAAACCAAGCAGAUUUGGAGCACGGCAUUGGCAAGCGAUCCUGUUGUUUUUGGGCAUGGUGAUCAACUACUUUCAACGGGUUAACAUCUCCGCUGCAAUUGUGCCAAUGACUCAAUCAACGGCCGGAGCCCCAUUCUACGACUGGAACACGUCCGACAAGUCGUUGAUUUUGAGUAGCUUUUUCUGGGGCUAUGUUUUGACGCAAGUGCCUGCAGGUUUGUUGGCCAAACGUUUUGGAGCCAAAAGUGUGCUUACUGUGGCCACAUCCAUCGGUGGAAUCUUGUGUUUCUUUCAUCCACUGGCGGCUAACGGUGGUUGGAUCAACAUAUGUGUGCUGCGUGUACUGACAGGCUUGGUUCAGGGCAGUGUCUAUCCAUGUGUGCACACCUUGUUAUCCAAGUGGGUGCCACACACGGAGCGGGGCUUUCUCUCCACUGGCGUCUAUUCUGGCGCACAAUUCGGAACGGCUAUUAUCUUGAUCAGCAGUGGUGAAAUAUUCGAGUCGAGCAUGGGCUGGCCGGGACUCUUUUACAUAUCUGGGGGACUUGGACUCGCUUGGGCUAUAUUAUUCUACUGGCAAGGCGCCGAUGAACCAGCAACAUCACGCAGCAUCAGCAAAGUUGAACGCGAAUACAUUGAAGGACUAACGGGCAGCAAUAAAAAUAGUCAGAGUUUGGCUGUGCCAUGGAAGUCAAUCUUUACUUCGGCCGCCUUUUACGGAUUACUGGCUGCUCAUUGUGGCUUCACCUGGGGAUUCUAUACGCUGCUCACUGAGAUGCCGACUUAUAUGAGUAGCGUAUUGAAACUUAAUGUUAAAUCGAAUGCGCUUCUCUCAUCGCUACCCUACUUUGCCAUGGGUGUGCUCUGCUUUGUGUUCAGUCCAAUAUCUGAUAUGCUCAUCAAUCGUGGCACCUUAACGGUAACAACAGCACGCAAGCUAUUUAACUCCAUUGGUCUGUGGGUGCCCAUGGCUUGUCUAAUUGGACUGGGCUACAUGACGGCGGAUCAAAAGUCAGGCGCGAUCGUAUUGCUGACUCUGGCUGUGGGCAUCAAUGCCGCUUGCUUCUGUGGUUAUCUGGUCAAUCACAUGGACUUGUCACCAAAUUUUGCUGGUCCUAUGAUGGGCAUUACAAACGGCCUGGCAGGAGUGACAUCAAUCAUAGCGCCAUUAAUUGUGGGCGCUGUUAUUUCGGAUGAAGAGGAUCCAGCUCAAUGGCGAGUGGUUUUCUUCAUCACCGGUGGCAUCUAUUUGUUGUGCAACACCCUCUUUGUGGUCAUGGGCAAGGGUACAGUGCAGCCAUGGAAUGAUCUCACCAGCAUGUCAAGCACCAUGACACUACGUAUCAAUUUUCAGACUGAAUCCACAACUACAGCUCAAACAGUUAGCCAAAUAGAUCGAUUUUGAGUUGAUCUGCAUUGAAGCAGUAGUGAAUUAAAUUUAAGACAUUGUGGUUUUAUUAUAAACCAUAGUUAUCAAGAUAAAUGUAAUUUCAUUAGUUUAAACUAACAAUAAUUUUAUUAAAUAGGGUAAAAGGUACUUUUCAU